UUGUAAAGUAAGAAAGCCUCCUCCAACCUUCCCUGUUAGAUCGAUGGGUGAUUUAAGAGUUAAGAAAAAGAAAGGAAGCAACAAGAAGAAGCAUGGGUCUGUGUCUGUCACCGCCAUCAAAUUUCUUCCUAAGGAGUUGCAAGUGGAGAUUUUUGCCAAGGUGGCCACUCGCUCCGUAUUUGACCACUGCAUGAUUAAACUAUGUUGCAAAGAAUUUCUUCGCGCAGCGGAGGAUAAUUACGUGUACCGUCACGCCUCCAUGGAGAAUUUUGCGUUGGUGCCGCUACCAUGGUUCAAAGGCAAUAAUAAAGAAUUCCCGUUUCUGAAACGUUGCAGGGAGAGCGGUAACUCGGAGAUUUUGUACCGUGAAGGAAUGGUUCAAUAUUUCACUUCUUCAAUGAUGGAAUUGGGUCUCAAGAAUUUGAAAGAGGCGGCGCUGGAGGGUCACCAUGAUGCCAAAUAUGUUUAUUGCAUGCUUUUGAUGUGCGGUGAAGAUGAAUUAGGAGAAAGAAAGCAAGGUUUUGAUCUCUUUUGUUCCUUGAAAGCGUCGUCCACGUCUCUUAUUAGAUGCAGAAAAAGGGUUAAAUCUUUUGUCCAAAAUAUCUGGGUCAAUAAUAACCCUGCGAUUAAAGAUCACAAGUCAUCAUCUUUCUGCUGUUCUGGCACGUGUGAUAGUUAGAGGCUUUCAAGAAGAAGAUGGUCACCGUUUGAGGAUAAAGAAGAUGGCGGUAGUAUUGGUAUUUCGUGCGAACGUUGCGGUGCGGACUAUGAACUUAGUUUGUUUCGCAACAUAUUUCGAGUCUAAGUUGAAUUUCUCUUCCACACAUGAGAAUAUAGGAAAACAAGUUCAAAUACACUUUGAUUUUUCUUUCUCUUUUCAAAAAAAAUUUCCUUCUUAUAUUUUAGGUUCAACUUACAUCCUUGUAUAGUCUAGUUCCAACUUGAUUAUAGAAACAGAAAAAUAUAAAUUAAACAAAAUAUGAUCACGUUUUAAUUGUU